AUGUUGCAGGUCAGAGAUGCACGUGAUGCGUGUCUGGCCGGAUCGUCUGGUGUCACCUUGAAGAUGUGGAUUGACCGCCGAAUCGGCGGUGAGAUUGCGGCAUGGCGCAAGAAUGGAAGGGGUGAUGUGCUCAUCGGUCUGCGGGAAGUCUGGGGUGACGAGGCUACCGCUGCCAACCGUGAAGAGGCUGGGAUGCUGCGGUCGAUUCCUGUCCCACUUGCCGUCCACGCCAAAAUCACAGAGGUGCUUUAUGACUCGACCGCAGUUCGUGGCUCAUUGCAAUAUCGGAAUUUCAUUGUCAUCAAUCCUGUAAUCGCAAAGGAUGACAUCGGCAGGGCCAAGCACAGCUGCUACACCUUGCCUCCGGACAAUCACGCCUACGGGCGCGCCUGCCCUCGGGACCCACAAGGUGCCAGGGAGGUGCUGAGCGCAUGGGUGCCUCAUCAUCCAACGGCGGCCCCGCAAGACCUGGCGCAGGAUUUCCGGGCAAUUAACAAGAGUGCCGCAAAGAAGGGUGUCCGGACUGUGAAGCAGAUGACUGCGUUUCGCAAAGCUGUCGACAUCAGGCUGCACCCGCGGGCCGUUGAAGCUUGUGGUCGACGGGUGCGAGAUGCUGUGGACACCAGCGCUACUUAUGGGCGGGCCAACCUUCCGUCAACACCGAUGCAAGAUGUGCUGAAAGGCGCCUUUGCCUCCGAGUUUCAAUCGGAGCUUAGCGCACGCUACGACGCCUAUGCCGAAAUCAAUGCUUUAGAUGCUCCAAACGGGAAGCAUCGGAUACGCACCACGAAGGCGCAGAGUCUUCGUGUUCACAGCGCCCGUCAGAAGACGGUGGAUCCCAAGCCUUUGCGGCCGGUGAGGGACCCCUUCAAGCUCGUCUCCAACCGCACACAGCUGCAGCCUCUCACUGCUCGGGAGGCGCGACGUGGCUCCGAGCUUGCGGAGCAGCUCGAGGCUGAGCCUGCCGAGCUGGGCCCGGUGGGUCCUUGA